GAGGCCCCCCAGCUGGCCAUGGAGGUGCAGGGGGCCGCCUUGCACGAGCGAUGGGUCGACCUCGUGGAGAAGUUCAACAAGGAGCACACCGACUCGUGCUGCGUGUUCUUCGACGAGGUGGCCGCGCUCGAGCGCCUCAGAAUCGCCCGGGGCGCGGCGGCAUUCGACCGCACGAUGUGGGACUUCACCAUGUUCCACCCGAGCCCGUUCGGCCACGAGGAGAUCGCGGCGGAGGCCCACAAGUGCGCCCUGGACGCAAUACCAGCCCUCGCCGCCCCCGGCGCCGCCGCCAGUGGGGCCCAGGCGACGCCCGCGCCGACGCCCGCGGCGCCCGCGGCCUCGCCGGCGGCUCCCGCCGCGGCGCCGGCGGCGGUGGUCACCCAGGCGCCGCCCAAGUGCGCCGGCGGCUGCGGCUUCUUUGGCAGCCCGACGUUGGAGGGCUAUUGCUCGAAGUGCCACGCCGGCAGGCGAAAGGAGGGUGCCGCGCAGCCUGGCGUGCCGCCCGCCGCCCCGGCCGCCGCGGCCGCCUCCGAGGCCAACGUCGAGGCCGAGGCGCAGCCCAUCACCAUCCAAGUCAAGAACGUCAAAGGCGACGUGUCCUUCACGGUGGCCGCCGACGGGGGCUGGAGCGCCGCCCGGCUGCAGCAGGCGGUCGUGGCGGCCGCGCCGGCCGGGCUCGUGGAGGAGGGCAAGAUUCUCGUCUUCACCCACAAGGGCAAGCUGCUGCCCGACGGCGCGACCACGCCGCUCCGGGAGCGCGGCUUCGUCGACAACACGCAGAUUUUCUUCCUGCUCAGAUCAAAGCCGGCGUCCUCGGCCUCCGAGGGCUCCUGAGCAGCGGCGGCUCGCCGCGCGGCGCAGGGCCGGGCGGCGUCGCCACGCCGGGCUCUCAGGCGAAGGGGGAGGAUGGGGGAGGGG